AGUGGUGACGUAUAUCAUAAUCACAUGAACAUAUUGUUACUUAAACCCUCUCGCUCCGGUGCAAUCCAACAAGAAGUUCUGUUUUUUCCUCUUGUUACACUCCAUUAACGUAACCAUGCUCUCUUUCAAACUUAGUCUCUACCUUCUUAUUGCCUCUGUCUUUUUCUUCCACCUGCUUCCUAGUCCAGUGCUCUGCAACGACGAGGAGGAUCUACUUCAUGACAUCAACGUAUACAGAAAAGUUUUGAACCUUCCUGUUCUGGAUGAAAGUGGCAAAGCUUCUUGCUUAGCUGAAGAGAUAGCAGAAAAUCUAGAGCACACGAAAUGUGAAGACUUUCGUGACUACUACCCUCUGCCUAGUUACACCUCCAAAAUUCCUAAGUUCCAAAAGAGCAUAAACAAAUGCAAGAUCAACAUCAACACCACAAAAGAUGGGGUCAUCAUGCCUCUCUGUGUGCCCAAGUUGGACCCCGAUGCUUUGUUUUCCAAUUAUACCAAAUCUAAUCGCUUCUCAAAGUAUCUGAAUAAUUCCAAGUAUAAGAUAGCAGGGCUUGGUUCUGAGGACGAUUGGAUGGUUCUUAUUAUCAGCACCAACACUUCUUCUGGAGAUUUUUCCUCUGCAACUUCUCUGCUUGCUGGGGCUUUGAAGGGUCACUACCUCAUGCUGCCAUUCUUCUUGAGCACGCUUAUUGUUUUCUUCAACUAAAUUGAUUGUUCUCUUUUCACCUAUGCUUCAUUCAUUUGGUGGAAUUUUCUUUUCCCUUUUAUUCUUUUUCUUUUUCUUUGCUAUUUGGAACAAUUCUUUUUUCUGUAAUUUUGUGUAUAUGGGAGUGUACUUUGUCAAGUUCUUGAUUCACGAUUUGCAUGUGAUAAGAUCACGAUGCACCUACUUGUAAUUGAUCGUGUAUAUUGUGAUUUGAUUGUUAAUAUGUUUGAAAAAUUCAAGUCUGUGGGUGGUAUGUAUUUAUUUAUCCUGGAUUUUUUUAAUAUAUAAUAUCAAUUUACAUAUUUAAUUUUA